AUGGAAAAUACAAAUAAAGAUGAUCGAUGUUGUGCUGGCGUUGGAGUGUGGAAUAGAUAUGUUCCACUUAGUAAUUUAAUAUAAGUUGGAACUAUUGGAAUACUGGACAGCAAUUGUUUUCAAUUGUUUAGAAUAUAGGAUAAGACAAACAAUGAAUUACAUUUUAUACAUUAUUAAUGUGUUGACUAUGAGAAUAAAACAAUCAAGAAAUAUUUUCUAUUUUUGGAUAAGGAAGUUGGAGAUAUUAAAGAAGAGAUUCUAGUAGAUUAUAACUAAUAUGAAUUUAUUUGGUAUUUUAAUGGAUUCUUUACAAAUCCUUCAAACUAGGAAGUCAUAAUAUAUUAAUUGGAUGGUAUGAAUUAACUAUACUAAAAACCAAUCUAAUACAAAUUUUAAAUUGAUUAAUAAAAAUUUGAACAAAUAGUUGGAGGUGAUUUCAUUGUACCCUAAAAUAUUCCACUUCAACAUUUUGAGAGAAACAUCCUAUCCUAUUUUCCUGGAGACAUUAAAUAUAUUGAGGGAUGUUAUAUUUUUUCCCCUCAAGGUUUUAUUAGUUUGAUCAAAUAGAACUCAAAUAAAGCUUGCUAUUGUUACUAAAGUUCAAUAUCCAGCAUAGCAGAUGUAAGAAUAGAAAAAUAAAAUUUUUAUGAAUUUGUAUCAAAUAAUCUUAAUUGUUAAGAAUUUUUAUUAUAAGGUUGGGUAAAAAUUUAAGAAAUUCAUUCAUAUGAUGCCGAAUUUGAUUAUUAACUUCUAAAACUUGCCGGUAAUUUUUAAAAUUCUCACUUAAUUCAAAAAAAUUUAUGCGCAUUCUAAUUGUUUUACAAGAUCUCUUCUAGUAAAAACCAAAUUAUUAUAACAACCUAUAGCUAUACUAUUCCUGCUGUCUAUAUAGACUUUUCAAACAAUCCUUUCUUAAAGUCUGAAACAAUUGAUGUAACUUUUGAUAUAAAAUUGUGGCAUUAUGUAUUAGUAACGAAGUUAGAAAAUUCAAUUUAGGUUUCAAUUACAUUUUACAAAGGUUUUGACAAAGAAGAAUUUAAUAUAAACUUAGAUGUAUAACAGUUCCAUAAAAUAUAAUUUAAGUUAUUAUAUGGGAAUUUGUUAUAAUCUACAUCCAACUACCUAACAAUAUAAAUUUUUGAUUUCUAAUUUCUUAACUGUUUAUAUUCAAAUUAACCAUAAAUAAGUUGCCACCCAAUUUGCAAAUAAUGCGAUGGGCCGACAAAAGAUGAUUGCCUAUCAUGUUUUGAAGAUUCAAAUAGAAGAUAUUUACCAGAAUUUAAGUAAUGUAUAUGUGAAUAUGGAAAAGUUGAUGAAAAUAAUAAUUGUGUUGAUUAUAAAGUUUUAAACCUUAAUUUAAAUCAAGUAAAGCCAUUGAAAGAAGAAUGCAAAUAUGGUUUUUUUGAAAUUGAAGGCUAUUGCUAAUAAUGGUAUUAUUUUCAUAAUUAUAUAGCCCAUCAAUUAUAAAUAAAAAUGUUAUAACUUGUUUGGAAUGUGUAUAGAAUCCUAAAAAAUGGGCUCAAACUCUUACUUGUUAAACAACAUUAUAUACAAAUAAAGAAGGAAAUACAUCACAAAAGUUGCAGGACCAAUAAUAACAAUUUAUAUUUUUGGGUAAUGAUUUACAAUAUUGUCCUGAUUGCUACACACUUGUAACUCCAUCCUACGAUUAAGUUAAAAAAUCGAUUAAUUUAAAGAUUUUUGUCGAUCAAUAAAUGAAAAUUGCUACUCUUGUGGAUAGAAUUGUUAUGAAUGUGAAAUCUUAUAAACAAAUUUAAAUUGCUUAGCCCAUUUUUACAAACCCCGUCCUUCUUAAGAAGAACCUUGUUAACCUCCGAAAUAUCAAAAUUUUCAAAAAAAUUGUGUAGACUGUAAAAUAAAAAAUUGUUUAUAUUGCUUCAAUUAUUUUGGAAGUGAUCCAACAAGAACUACUCUAGGCUUUAUAGAAAAUUAUUCUUUUAUUGAUCAAAAAAUUUAAGAUGGAAGUUACUCUCUUAUUGAUGAAGAAAUUAUAGAAGGCUGUGCUUAAUGUACUGAAGAAUACAUCUAUAAUAUUACAAUUAGAGAGUGUAUUAUGAAGAAACCAUCUGUAUAAAAUUGCCUUCAAUACUAUAUUAAUUUUGAAAAGCAAGAAAUUUGCACUCUUUCUGCUAUUGAUGACUUUAAUAUUGCUCCUGUAAUCGCAAAUUGUUAAUCUCAUCUUUUUUAUUGUAAAUAGUGCAUCAAAACUCCAUAAUCUACUCUUAGAUGCAUACUUUGUGAGGAUUAAUAUUUGUUAUUUACCUCAACAGGAACUUGCACUUCUUGCAAUAAUGAAUUUUCCAAAUAAUGUAUUGAAGAGUUCGGUUUAGAUCCUUGGAAAUGGUUAGUUCAAGGCUUUAUAUAUUAAUUUUUACCUAAUAAACCUACUUUUAAUAAUUAAUUAUAGAGACCAAAAAUUACUAUCACUGAAUGCAUGCCAGGUUAUAAAAAGAUAAAAAGAAGCUGUUGUCAAUAUUGCGAUUAGACGUGUUCUGAAUGCAAAGAUAAUGGCUAAGAGUUUGAAUGUUUCAAAUGCAAAUAAAAUUAUUAUUAAGAGACAAUAAGAAAUUAAUCUAAUGGAUAGUGUUUUCAAUGUUGAAGAAAUAAUUGUAUUUAACUUAAUAAAAUAGAAAAUAAAUCCAUAUUUUGUAAUAACCCCAGACAGCACCAUUUACACUUAUAGAUGUCUUUAAUAGAUUCCUCUUGAAAAAAUUCAAAUAGACCCAAAUCUAUAAAUUGCAUAAUAUUGUUAUUUAAACAAUUGUGACAACAAUUUAGAAUUAUAUAAUGUAAACUAUUAUUUAAUUUAGAAUAAUGUUGAUUGUAAUUACAUCUAACUUAUUCCUGAGGAUCAAUUAAAUUAAUUGAAUUAUCAAUAUUUUAACAAUAUUGGUCUUAAGGAAUUAGCUAUUACAAUAUAACUAGCAGAUGACUGCAAUUUAAGCAAUCCUGAUCAUACUCUUACGAAUGAUUUUAAGGAAAAUAUUUUUUCUUUGCAAAUAGCAAGAUUUAAGUAUUAAGGCACGAAAUCCCCAAUUUAAACAGAGUAAUCAUAUGCUUUGAAAAUUUACAAUUAUGAUGUUAUUCUAUUAACUAAUAUCAAAUUUAUAAUUUCCUCAAAUUUAAAUUUGAUAUUUCAAAACAGGGGCAAUCCAAUAGAUGUAACUUUCAUUGAUAUAUCAUUUUCUUAAGCUGAAAGCAAUGCAAUAUCAUUCUCUAUUCAAGGAGAUAGAUUCCUUAAUUUAAGUGUGAAAAAUUUAUUAAUUUUUGAUUGCAGAAUUGAAAAUUCAGUCGUAUUUAAUAUUUAUUGUGCAGAUUUGAGUGACACUAUUAAAAUUGAAAAUUUUAAACUUCAGAAUUGUAAAUUUACAAAUUCUGCUUUAUUUUAAUUUUAAAACGUUUAAAGAACAAUUCUAAUUAAGAAUUUUAUUAUAGAUUCUUGUGAAUUUUAUAAUUCAACAAUCGUUCUCUUCUAAUUGAAUCAAAAUCCAUUCUCUAAUAUAAUAUAUAAUGACGUUUAAAUAGCAAACACACUAUUUUAAAACACAAGUUUUAUUUACAGCAAUGAGAGAACAAAAUUUACUAUUAAUAAUCUUUCAAUUAUAAAAAGUAAGAUGAUGAAUUCUAAAUUUAUUAUAUUUAAUUAUGAAUCUAAAUUAAAGAAUAUUUUAAUAAAGGAUAGUGAUUUAAUAUCAUUUUAAUUUAUUUCAUAAAUCUCAUCAAUCAUGGAAGAAUAUGAAAUUUAGCUGGAUUAAAUUUAGUUUUAAAAAAAUACUAUUUAUAAUUCUUAAAUAUUUGUUACAGAAUACAAGCAAUCAAUAACUUAAACUAAACUUUUAUUUAAUAACCUAUAUUUUGAAGAUAACAUUAUGGCUUCUUAACAAGAAUAGUAUCUUAUAAUAAUUAACUGUUUUAAUUUAACUAUCUAAAACACCUUCAUAAGAAAUACAUUAAAUUAUCGUUUUAUUUCGUUAAUCGCUGUUCCUUUUAUAAAAAUUGAACAUUUAAUUUAUGAAAUUUCAAAUCAAAAACAAAAAGUUAAACCAUCAUCUGAAUGCCUUUAAAAUUAGAUAUAUUAUUCGUAAUUAUUAUAAGUUUCUGGGUUUAUCGACAUAACUCUAAAUUUCUUUUAACUUAAAAAUUUAUUUAGUAUAGAUCAGUCAAUAAUUUCAAUUUAAUCAAAUCCAUUGAAUAUGUUAAAUUCAAACGAAAAUAUAAAAAUUAAAAACUUUUUAGUUAAAGGAAACAUAUUAAUCAAAUAAUAAUUAGGAAAAUUAUUUUCUAUAAUUGAAUUAUAAUCUGAAAAACCUUAAAUAAUUGAAUUAGAUUAAUUAAGCUUUGAAGAGAAUAUUUUUCAUGAAUAUAAUAAGGAUCCUUCUUAAACUUCAGCAAGUCUUUUUUAUUUAGAUUCUGGGUUAGGUCUUUUAAUGAUGAAAAAUAUCAUUUGUUCUAAUAAUUCUCUAACAAAUUCUUCCCUCUCGUAUAUUUCAAUUUUUUCUAAAGAAAUUCAAGUAGAAAAUUUUUAUGUCUAGAAUCAUAAUUACCACAGUCAAGAAUUUUGGGUUAAAUAUUAUGAAAUUCAAUUUUAAGGUAAUUAUAAUUAAAAUGAAAUUACUUAUAUUAUUUCUCAAUCAUAUAAUAUCGUAACAUUAGGAGGAGUUUUAUCAACAACAGUAACUAAAUUUUCAUUUAAUAAUGGUUUAUUUAGUUAUAUUAAAGCCUAAGGUAGUCAAGUUUUUAACAUUAAUUUAUAAGGAGUUGGAAUAGUGAUUAUAUAAAACUGCAUUGUUAAUCACGCUCAUAAUUCAUUAUUUACAACUUUAGAAUAAAAUGGGGCUUUUACAAUUAGUGCGAAGAAAAGUUUGUUAACACUUUAUCUUAAUAAUGUUAUUUUAACAGAUGUCUUAAAUAAAUAGUCAUCUUCAAUCUUUUAAAUAGAUCCAUCUUAUUCAAAAAAUAAUAUAGAAUUAAAAAAUAUUGUUGCUAGAGAUUGCUUCUCCCUUAUUGACUAAAUUUUGAGUUUUAAAUUUGAUUCUUAAAUCGUUUUAUAGAAUAAUGUAAAAAUAGACAAUUUUACAAUUAUUUAGACUUAGGCAGCCUUUUUAACAUUUGUCUAAUCGUUUGGAAAAGUUGGUUUAGUUGAAAGGGAAAAAAUGCUUACAGACAAUGCAAUUAUGAAUUUGGUUGGAUGUACAUUUACUUUAGACAAAUUUAAUAUUUAUGGAAUCAUAUUAUCGUCGAUCAUAAAACUUAUGGAUUCAAAAUAUAUCAAAAUUACAAACUCCAAAUUCACCAAUAUUUAAACAUUUUAUCCCUUAAAUUUAGUAGAUGUCUAAUAAAGUAAUGACAUGUAAUCUAAGAUACUUUUUUUUAUAAUAUUUCAAUAUAAAAUCUUAUUGAUUUUAAAUUUAGUAACCUAAAUUAGUACUAAUUUAAUUAUAAUUUUAUUGAUCUUGAUUCUUCAUAAUGCAGUUUUAAAACUAAUUAAAUAAUAAAUGAGAUGGAUUAACAAGAUGUUAAUUUGGUAUCAACCUUUUUAAGGAAAUUGUUUCAAACUCGAAUUAGAAUGGAUCUUUGAUUAAAUUGAAAACUAUCACUAACCAAACUCAAGUUUUGUUCAAAACAAUUAUGUUACUAAAUAAUGAUUGUUAAAAUUGUUUGAAUGGCUUAUUAUAUUUUGAAUAAGUUGAUUUCUAAAAAGCUCUAAUCUCAGAACUGUCAUGCAUUAUGAACUCCAAUAAAAAUUAUGGUUGUAUAUUGGCAAAAUCAGAUAAAAAAAUAGAUAGUAUAACAUCAAUUUAGAAUUCAAUGUUCAUCUCUAAUAAGGGAUAAUUAGGAGCUGGAAUUUUUAUCUAAAAUUAGAAAUUUUAUUUAAAAAAUUCCAUUCUUUUGAAUAAUAUAGCGACAUAAAUAGGAGGUGGUUUCUAUUUUUCAGAGGGUUCUUAAAGAUUUACUAUAAAUAAUUCUUUAAUUUUUAAUAAUUAAGCAGCAGAAGCAGGAGGGAUAUUUUUAUUUGGGAAUAGCAGUUUAACUAAAAAUAAUUUUAUUAAGUCACUUGUCUUAUUAAAUUUUGCUAGCAUCUCUUCAAAUAACAUUAAUGAAUUACCAUAGCAUUUGAGUUUGUAAAUCAACCUUAUAGAAAUGUUCUCACAAUAAAAAUUAAUUGAAAACCAUUAAUAUUAGGUCCUAUAUUUAAAGCCUUACAAAAUUAUAUCCUAAGAUCACAGCAAAUAAACAAAUGACUUAUUUCUUCCUAGUGGUCAGAAGCUAUAAGCUUAUGAGCUUUAUAAUCCAAAGCAUUAAAAAUAUUAGAGUUUCAUAUUUGAUUUAAGCAUUCUGUUUAAAAAUAGUAUGAAUGAAGUAUUAAUCAACUUUGAAAAUUCAACCUGCAAUGUAUAAUUAUAAAUUUUUGAUAAUGCUGAAAAUUUAAGUCAAUCUAUUAAAAUGUCCAAACUAAAUUUUAAUUAAAAUACUAAAGGUUUUAACCUUGAUUCGCUGUAAUUUGAUAUAGAUCCAUAUAAGUAGGAAAAUAAAAUUUAAGAAAUUUUAGUAUAUUGCAACACUUCUUAUUAGGAUGAGUAAUUAGCCUAUAGAAUGAGAGUCAAUAGUUUCCUGUGCUAAUUAGGAGAAUUCUAUAUUUAUUCUGGAUGUCAAACAUGUUAGCCUUUAUAGGGAUUCUAAUCUGUAACAUAUAACACUACAAAAUAUUCUAUUUUUGAUAAAAAUAAAUUUGAUGCCAUUACUUCUAAUAAAAUUAAGCUCAAAGCUGGAUUUUGGAGGCCUAAUUAAAUUUCAGAUUAUAUAGAAUUAUGCUUUAAAAAUCCAACUUAUUGUGAAGGAGGAUGGAAAUUUGGAAAUGAUCUUUGUUCUUAGGGACACAUCGGAGGAUUGUGUGAAGAAUGCGAUCGAUAUGAUAUAAGAGGAGCUGGGUCAUUUUUUAAAGAUUAGAAACAACUAGAAUGUAAAUAAUGUUAAGAAUUUUAGAGGUUAUUAUUGACCUUUUUUUUAAUUUCAAUUUGGUAUAUUAAUUCUAAUUAUAAUAGGGCAAUCCUUUCAACUUUGUUAACCAUCAGAAGUAUUGAAAAAUCCAAUUCACUUUUUGCAUCACUCAAGCUUAGAUAAAAAUUUGUGGAAAUAUUAUUCAAACUUAAUUAAGGUAAUUUUUAAUAUUGUAAUUAGAUCAUGAAAGUAUUUUACUUAAAUUAUUUCUUAAUUAUUUAUGGAUUUUUUCUCUUAUUUUUACAUUUAAUAUUCGAUUAUCUUUCUCUUUGAAUUUUUUAAAAUAAUCGAGCGAUACAUCCUAUUUUAUGGCAAAUUAUUUUGAAUGUAUUUUGGCAGAAAUUUAAGGGAUUGAAUUAAUUUACAGUAGAAUCUUGGUUAUGUUUGUGCUAUUAUUUGCCUAGAUAUUAAUAAUAUUUAUUGGAUUUAAUAUUUUAUCAAUUUUAACAAAAACUAAGGUUAGAAUGAGAAUCAUAUCUAUUACAUUUCUAUAUUUAUAUAUCUAAAAUUAUGCAUCCUUGAUUAAUUAGUAAUUUUAUUCAUAAUAUUAGAUUUUUUUCAAUUCUGGCUGUUAGAAAAAUAUCAAAUUAAGACUAUAUAUCGGGUGAUGUAUCCUUGAUAUAUGGGUCAGAGACGCAUGUCUUAUGGAUAAAAGAAUUUGCAAUUCCUGGAUCUACAUUAAUUGGAUUGAUCAUACCCUUAUUGUUAUUUUUAAUGUUAUACUUAAAUAGAGAAAACCAUAACAAGAUAAAGUUUAGAAGACAUGUAGGAUAUCUAUUUAAUGAAUAUACUCAAUAAAACUAUUUUUGGGAAAUGAUCAAAUUGUGGAAGAAAACCAUUAUUAUUGUUAUUCUAAUCUACUUUGAAACUGACAUAUUUUUGAAGGCAGCGUUAUUAGGGCUGUGUUUAUUGUUUUACUAAUUUAUCGCUUAGAAUUAUAAGCCCUUUAUUCUUUAGAAGUUUAAUUCAUUGGACAUUUAGAGCGGUCAAUAUUGUUCCUUUGCCAUAUUUUUUGGAGUUAUUAAAUAUAUAUGUGAAUAAUCGGAGUAAUAUAAUUUUUCAACACUCAUUCAAAGUUUUAUCUUUAUUACCAGCAUUUUAUUGAGUUAUCCAUUUAUUAACAAUAUUCUAAAAGUCUAUUAUAACAAAUACCGGUUGCUAGUUUUAGCUUCAUUGUUUUAAGGAUUUAAAUCAUUAAAUCCUAAUUUUAAGUUCACUAAAUUUUUGGGGGAAAUAAUUUCAAAUUUGAGAUAGAAAGAAUAUAGGAUUCAAAAGAAUAUUUAAAAAUUAAGGGCCUUACUUUUAAAGAAAAAAUAAGAUGGCCAAUUGUAAAAAUAUUAAUGUUAUUUUUAGGGGGAUAAUCAAUUUAGCAGAAAAUAAUAUGAAAAGAAAGAAAUAAAUAUCAUUAAUCUUGAAUUGUAGUUUCAGAAAUAAAAUUUGA